UGGUGUAGAACAGGGAACUUACUUUGAAAAACUAACCAUACCAGAGUCAGGAUACAUAACUUUGUACAUCCCUCACUGUGUGGAUCCUMAUAACUUCUGGGUCAUGUUCACUGAUGAAUGGCCUAAACUAGAAGCUUUGAGCAAAGAUCUAAGCAUAUUUUAUAAUAGUUCUGAAGGAGAUAAAUACCUAAUGCCCAAGUGGCUGGUCUCUGUCGGACAGGUUUGUUGUGCCUGGUGUGAGGAUUUUGGUGACUGGUUUAGAGCUGUGAUCACUGGCUUCACGUCAAUGCAGAAUAUUGAGGUGUUUUAUGUUGACUAUGGGAAUAACAGCCGAGUAUCACUGACAGAACUCCGAGUACUAAGAUCCUCAUUUCUSAAAAUACCAGGACAAGCAUGUCAGGCGCAGUUGGCCUACAUUAAACCAGUAAAAGGGGCUCAGUGGUCUCCUGGCUGUUGUCAUCGUUUUUAUCAUCUUACAAAGAAUUACAAGGCUCUGUUUGGUCUUCUGUGUGGAGUCAAGGAUGGCAAGAUUUCUUUGUGUCUAAGUGAUACAUCAUCCAAUGAAGACAUCCAUAUCAACGAUUUGCUGGUUGAUGAAGGGUAUGCCGUAUUCUGUCCUGACUCACCUGUUAGUCCUACAGCACCUAUUAGACCAUUCUUUGAUUCAGAUACUGAGACUGAAAAGGUUGACAAAGAAAAGGACAACAAACCCCCUGGUCUUCCCCCUGCCAGACAAGGACAGGACAUGUUCAACCAGCAUAUUGCUACAACAAUUGCAUCCAGUGCUUUACCAGAGUUUCCGUUUCGUCUGGAGCCUGUAUGCAAUGGAUAUCCACUUCAAAACAGCUUGGAUGAAAUGAAUGACAUUCCACCUAGCAAUCAAGAGUCAAAAGAUGACAUUGCCUUCAUUGAAGAAAUCUGCAGUGAAAUUGAACAAGACAUGGAAGAGGAGUAUAUCUUUAAACGAAUCAACCUGGUUGACAUAUGUACCAUACACGUUAUUAACUACUUCAAAGUACCUUACGUCACUAGUGCAGAUAUAUCAGUCUUACUGUGGGACAGUGAUGUUCUGAGAGCUAUGCUCCGACAGAAGAAGUUGGUSGUCCCAAAACUAGUUCUUUCAAAUGAGGAGGAUGGUGAUCUUAUUGAUCAGCUUGUCAAACAUGAGGUAAGAGGUGUCAUGGAUGGAGAUACUCAACGAAGCUUUGUGACCUUAUAUCCACUCUCCAGUGUACCGAAUAUUUUAAGAAAGUUUAACCAUCCGUUAGAAGAACUUGUAUCGCGCGUGGAGCUGGAGCUCCAACAGUACGAAGAGCAAGGAGAAGAUUACUGGCUAGUCAGGGACUCGGAAAGCGAAUCAACAGGAACAGAUUCUGAGAGUCGAGACGAAGAUGCAAGUUUUCAGAUGGAACAACUGGCAAUAGACGAGCUUAAACUAGUUAUUCAGGCAAUGCAAUUUAGAAGGUACUUAUUUACACAUUAUCGGCUGUCAUGAAGUAUAUAUUAGAGACGGAACCUA